CAAUGUUAAAACUGUGCCACAGCCGUGUGCCACAGGGUCUUCUUCCUUUGCUUUUUCUUUUUCUAAUCUGGUCUCUCCGGUUUUGUGGAGCAGGUCGCUUGUUCUGUCCUUUUUGUGUUGAAAAUAAACAAAACGGGGGCCAAGAGGGAAACCCUAGACACCCACAUCAAACCUCGCCGAGCAGUUUGCGCGAGCACCAGCCCUAAGCAGAAAGUGCUUCAAAGCGAAAGAGAUAAUAUCGAGUCCAAAAGCGACGAGGUAACUCAUUACAGCCACGGGAGAGGGGGCGGGGGAGCGGGAGCGGGAGCGAGAACGGCCGCUCGUCCAAAAGUGCUGCGAGCCUGCACAAAGCUUGAGUCGGCGGUGGCCCCCGUUAAUCUGAGCUUUGCUAUGAUGGAUCAACCCUCACCUUAAUUGGUUUUGUGUGUAUGUGUGUUUAUCCGCCGAAUGGGAGGAAAGAGGAGGCAUCUCGGUUUGUUCUGAGGCGCAUCAUCAGUGAAAUUGCUUUGAAUGCCAGCAAUUCUGCAUCUGCUAUGCCUGAGCCAAAGUCGGUAUGUGUUUCAGUGGAUGAGGUGGUCUCCAGUGGCACAGACACACAAGAUGUCCAUUUGCUCAGCGGCCAUUUAAAAAAGCUGGAAAAUGCUUUGACGGAAGCUCAUCGCUUCUCCUACCUCCCCCGGAGACCGGCCGUGAACAUUGAGUUUAAAGAACUCUCCUACUCUAUCCAGGAAGGACCAUGGUGGAAGAAGAAAGGUUUCAAGACUCUGUUGAAAGGAAUUUCAGGAAAGUUCAGCAGUGGAGAACUUGUGGCAAUUAUGGGUCCAUCUGGAGCUGGGAAAUCAACACUCAUGAACCUUCUAGCAGGAUACAGAGAGACCGGGAUGAAGGGAGAGAUUCUCAUAAAUGGACAACCCCGUGAUCUGCGUUCAUUCCGCAAAGUGUCUUGCUACAUUAUGCAAGAUGACAUGCUACUUCCACACCUUACUGUGCAAGAAGCAAUGAUGGUGUCUGCUCACCUGAAACUUCAAGAAAAGGAUGAAGGCAGGAGGGAAAUGGUAAAAGAGAUCUUGACAGCUCUAGGCUUGCUGACUUGUGCCAAUACCCGAACUGGAAGUCUUUCAGGGGGACAGAGAAAGCGACUUGCUAUUGCUUUGGAGCUAGUGAACAACCCACCAGUUAUGUUUUUUGAUGAACCUACCAGUGGCCUGGACAGUGCAUCUUGUUUUCAAGUUGUAUCCCUGAUGAAGGCUUUAGCACAGGGUGGUCGCUCCAUCAUCUGCACAAUACAUCAGCCCAGUGCCAAACUCUUUGAGCUCUUUGAUCAGCUCUAUGUCCUGAGCCAAGGGCAGUGCAUUUACCGUGGGAAAGUAUUAAACCUAGUCCCGUACUUGAGAGAUCUGGGUUUAAAUUGUCCAACAUACCACAAUCCAGCAGAUUUUGUGAUGGAGGUCGCCUCUGGCGAAUACGGAGACCAGAACAGUCGGCUAGUAAGAGCAGUCCAAGAGGGAAUGUGUGAUACCGAUUACAAGAGAGACUCUGGGGGAGAAAGUGAACUUAAUCCCUUCCUAUGGCACAGACCAUCUGAGGAGGAUUCUUCAUCCAUGGAAGGGUGUCAUAGCUUCUCAGCCAGCUGCCUUACUCAGUUUUGCAUUCUGUUUAAAAGAACUUUUCUUACCAUAAUGAGGGAUUCGGUCCUAACACAUCUACGGAUCACAUCACACAUUGGAAUUGGACUUCUCAUAGGACUGCUGUACUUGGGGAUUGGAAAUGAAGCGAAGAAGGUCCUGAGCAACUCUGGCUUCCUCUUCUUUUCCAUGUUGUUUCUUAUGUUUGCUGCUCUCAUGCCAACAGUCCUUACAUUUCCUCUUGAGAUGGGCGUAUUUCUUAGAGAGCAUCUGAAUUACUGGUACAGUCUGAAGGCCUACUACUUAGCUAAAACGAUGGCUGAUGUCCCUUUUCAGAUUAUGUUUCCUGUAGCUUAUUGUAGCAUUGUAUACUGGAUGACCGCGCAGCCCUCCGAUGCUCUACGAUUUGUCCUGUUUGCAGCCCUGGGGACCAUGACCUCGCUCGUCGCUCAGUCCCUGGGACUCCUGAUUGGGGCAGCAUCCACCUCACUCCAGGUGGCAACGUUUGUAGGUCCUGUUACAGCCAUACCAGUUCUCCUCUUCUCAGGAUUCUUUGUCAGCUUUGAUACCAUUCCAGCAUACCUCCAGUGGAUGUCCUACAUCUCUUACGUCAGAUAUGGAUUUGAGGGUGUCAUUCUUUCCAUCUAUGGUUUGGAUCGAGAAGAUCUUCACUGCGACAAAGAUGAUACUUGCCACUUUCAAAAAUCAGAAGCUAUCCUCAAAGAGCUGGAUGUCGAAAACGCUAAACUUUACUUAGAUUUUAUUGUGCUUGGAAUUUUCUUCAUCUCCUUACGCCUCAUUGCCUACUUUGUCCUCAGAUACAAAAUUCGAGCAGAGAGGUAGAGAGGCACCAAACGCAAGACCAUGUGGUUGUAGACUGUUGCUAUUUGUCUGAUUGUGGCAGACAAGUCUCCAGUGCCCAGUUGCAAAUGAUGUUGUGAUCUAGCCCCUAGAAAACCAUGUCAUAUUGGAUUAGUGGAUGCAUAGUUACAGUAAUGAAUCCAGUUGGGUUAGGUCAUAUUUCUGUUAUACUUUCUAGCUUAUUCUAGGAAGAACUAGAAGGGAAUCUUGUUCGAAAUCUGGAAGAAAAUUGCUACUGAUCACAGGAACUUUUUCUCAUGGAAACUGUGUUUCUUGUAAGAUAGCUGUAGUCUUGGCAACAAGGUAAAACGGCUGGAGAUCUUUCAACUGCAUUCUGUCAUCUGCCAAGUGGAAAUGUGAGGAAUGUAGGAUCGUCUUUCCCUGUUCCUCAUCUUUCCCCCAGAAGAAAUCCCCCAUGAAAGCAGAAGUCUAUAAAUUCUUCAGACCUUAAGAAAAGAUCUCUCUUUAAAAUGAAUGGAUUCAUUAAAAAAAUAAAGAACAAAGGAUGUAAGUAAUUUGAUAUUUGUUGUUCUCCUUUACAUACAAGGUUUUGGAGCUUUAUUCUCACGAGCUGGUCUCAUGCUCCAAAUUUGUAAUUUUAGAAUAAAAUGACGAAUUCCAAGUGAAUGCUGUAAAAGAAUUCUUGAGUGCUAAUAUCUAUAGGCUGCCCACAGAUGCUUCUUUUUAUCUUUCUGCUUUUAUGAUAAUCUUUCAAUCCAGUUUUUUUGUUGUAUUUGAAAUAUCCAUUGUCCAUAUUCUCUACCUCCCAUAAAUUCAGAAGCUAAGUAUUCUAGUGCUGGUGAUUUGAUGCAGUCAUAAUGAAUUAGAAUCAAAAGCCUAUUUGAAUGUUUUAAAAUAUUCAAUUACACACAACAUGACAGAAGUAAGGACUGCCAGUAGUUCAGUGCCAUGAAUGCUUAUGGGAUAGUACAAAGUCUCUGUGAUGCAUAUUUAGUUCUAGUUUUUACAAGAUAAGUAUGCUGAGAACCAUGCAGGAAAAAACACACAUUAAUUCUGUUUCCUACCAGUCUUUUCUCAAAAACUGGUGGGUUACAUAUUGCCAUCACAUUUAGGUGCAAAACUAAGUGGCCCAAAACCAAUUUAAAUUAAGGGGCUUAAGCUUGCUUCAUUCUGUGCUAGAGAUGGGAGAGAAAUUUGUUCAGUUCACAUUUUAAUGCGAACUUCCUUAGUUUCGCUCCUUCGAAUCACUAUGCGAGCCAAAACUCUCCAAUCAAAAAUGUAUAUGAAAAUGUGUAUAUCAAGGAAAAUAAUGUUAAAAAUGUAUUAUAUUAGGAAAAUUGCUUGCAAAAACUGUAUAUUAGGCAAAAAUGCACACAAAAUGCAUGUAUUAGGAGAAAUGCAUACCAAGAUGCUUGUGGUUAUUUAUGUGACUUUAAAAAAAGAACAAUUCAAACUUCAGGACAAACUUAAUAUUUGGAAAAAUGAGAAAUGGAAAGAACCAGAAAUUGACAGAUUCGUCUAUCCCCACCCUGUACUGGACUGUACCAAUUGGUCUAAACAAGAAAUAACCAGUUUUGUCACCCAUUUAACAUUGUAUUCUCCCUCCUUGCCAAGCCAGCCUCUUAAAACCGAUGCUGAAUAAUUGGAAGGGACUACCUAAUUUUGCCAAAACAGAAUGCUUCCAUGUAUUCUUGGUAGAAUUUUGUUUUGUAAUUCCUCUUUACACUAGGAAUAUUAUCUGGAAAACUAACAUUGUAGGAAAGAAGCACAGCACUCUAGGCCUAGAAAGUCAUGUCUACCUCAGCUAAGUGCAUUCAGAAGGGGACAUGGAAUGAUCUUAUGCUGACUUUACUAAAGAAUCAGAUAAGGUUGUUUUCAGGCCAGGAACGGUUUUGUUUCAGCAGCCCAUUUAGAAAUUUGAUAAAAUGGCUUACUCAAAGAAAUUGGAUCACAGUGUGAUAGAAGCUGAGAUGCACGCCCUUUUGUGUGUGCGACCCAGCAUUAGCCAUUGUUGAACAGGCUAUUUUAAGCAGAGAGAUCUCUGUAACCCCAAACUGAUAGACUUUAAACCAGAGCAUCGGUUUUUUAAAACUGUAAGACUGGAGGUGAGUCACAGUCUCCUAGAGAGGCUAAUGAUAUAUUUUAAUACAAAUUGGAUCAUUCUGUGAAACUCUUUAUACCGUUAGAGAUAAUUAAAUGUUAUUUGCUUUUUAUGUAUCACAGGACUCAAAUCUACACCACCAACUAGAUACCCGUAGGCAGGUCCUUAAAGCCUCAUAUAUCUAAAAUGAAUGGUGAUCUGAUGGGACAGCAUAUGCCUGGCUGCAGUACAUUCUGGGCACAGUUUAAAUAACUGAACUUUUUCUCAUCCAAUUGAGGUUUAUGUCCCAAAUCCAUUCUCAGAAGUAAGGAUAAAUAGUGCUUUUUCAUUUAAAAAAAGGUUCAAUAAAUUAUGUUAAAGGCAGAACUCUUUCAAUUUACAGCAUUUUAUAAAUGUACCAGAUUAAUGAUGGGGCUAGAAGAACUGCUAUAAGAAAGUCUUAUGUUUUGCACAUAAUAUAAUUCCAUUGUGUUGAGUUUUAUUCUAGCGCCUCCUUAUACCAGAAAGCUAUUGCAGCUUUUAGUAUAAGGAAGUGUUCGUUUUGAAUGCAGUGAUCAUGAUAGACUGGAACCGAGGUGUGCGUGAAAUUCUUACACAUGCACACACACCCAAGAAUCGAUCUGGUGAAAUGCAGAGUUGGCACGUAACAGGACGCUGGUGGAAGACAAUGUGAAAAUGUAGAAGCCUCCUAGAGUGUGUUUAUGCUUUAAUGUCCAAAGCUGACAUUAGAAUGUUCUAUUCCCUCUUCAUGUCAUUUUUUGCACCGGCCUCAUUUGGGGCAAUAAAUCUCUUGUCAGUGGCAGGAAAGGCCCAGUUGUCCAUGCAUUUAAUCAGAUAUGAUUUAUCAUAAUAAACAUCUCAAGGCUCCUCAUGUAUAACAACUUCCAUAUAUUGCUUUGAAGAGGCAAAGGGCUAAACCUUAAAAAAAAAGUAAUUUCAUGUGUAUUGGAACUAUUCAUGGUUUUCAAGCACAUACGUAAAAGGAGAAUACAUCGCACAAUUUACCAGAUACAGCGGCUGUAUUUCCUCCAUUAAUUUCAAUGGGAUUGUGUCCAGGUUUCACUAUGAAUCCAGGUUUCAUUAGAAUGAAUGGAGAACUUGCUGUAGUAAUACAUAGUGGCUUAUGCCCAUGCUUUGCAAAAUGUGCAAUCCCACAAUGAGAGGGAAUGUGGUGAAUAAACUUCCACUUACAGUUCAAUGGUAUUAAAAGAUGCAAAUUAAAAUGUGUUACUUUUUUUUAUCCUGCUUGACCGGCUUCAGGAAUGUAUCACUUCAGCUUAGAAUUACUAUACAGUCACUUGUGCCUAUAUAUCUGUUUUUGUCAAUCAUCUUUGCUCCAUUUGUUACUUCAAUGGCAUAGACUCAUGUAUGGUAGAGUUUAAUUUGUUUUCAGAUCUGUCAUACUGUUCUGUAUUAGUAUUCCCCAGAUACAGUCCAACAUGACGUCAUCACUUUGAGGCUGUUGGUGGAACCUUGUCCUAAGUAUCUACUGUAGCAUUUUGCUAACAAUCCUAAAGAAUACUUUUUUUCAUACUGUAGUGUCCCUGUAAAUUAAAUAGAUACACGAGCCAAUUACCUUUUACCCUUAGGGCUCCCAAUUUUCCAUUGCUUUGUUAAUUAAAUAUAAAUAUUGAAGAUCAGGCAGGGUAAGAAAAAGGCCUUCCUUUGGGGCGGUGGGGUCAAAACAACAGUCACCUCCCCCAAGCCCCUGCUGAUGGCUGACAAGUGAGGGUUGAAUUUUCUUCAUGCUGCCAAGGAAUAUCCCUUGCAGCAGGUGGUAGGGUGUAAGCCACUAGGGCUGGGCUCAAAAGGGGAGGGGAUUGUCUUGGCUGAGGAGAAGCAAAGAACAGCUCUGUUUCCCCUCAGCCAACAGCCAAUUCAGCUGAUGAGCAACUUUGAGGAGGCCUUGCUGAAUCUUAAGAGCUCUUGGAUUGCAGCAAUCACCUCCCUGGCAUUCCCUUACCUACUGGCUGACGAAUUUAUGGAAACAAGGAAGGAAGAGGAUAGGCAUUAAAAGUGAAAAUCUCGAUCUUCCCUCUGUCCUAUUUCCCCAUCCACCUAGCACCUCAAUGCAAAUUCCUUGUGAAGGUGCUUCCUUACGUAUUUCCAAAUUUGGUCCCAGUGACUUUACAUUGACUCACUAAGGCCAGAUAGACUGCAUUUCUCUUGGGACUUUUCUUUUUGUUUUUGAGCAAACCAAGCAUCAUUCAAGGAGCAGAUAAUAAGGUAGAUGUGAUAAUGUAUGAGAUGAGCUGCUGUUUCAAGCACCCACAGGUUCCACAUACGUUGUUGUUGUUGUUUGACUUGUUGUUGUUGUUGUUGUUUGACUUCCUUUUUUAAUGUUGUCUGACUUGGUGUUUGUUUGUUUUUAGGGUUCUUAUAAAAAUAAUGCAUCUGAGAUUUUUCAGGGAUGACAGCUAGAAAAAAAUAGCAGCAUUGCCUUGUUUUAUUAUGGCCUAGUGUUUGUAUCUAAUCCAUCCAAAUCUUAUUUGUGUGAUAUAAAUGAAAAAUAACCUUUUCAAGUCUUCACUGGAAUGCCAUAUGCAAGGGCCACAACAAUACCAGGAGCUUAAGAGGGUUUUUUUGAAAUACAAAGUAAGCACUUAUUAAAAGUGCUCAUUUUUCCAUACGUAUUCUCUGCUGAAAAGAUGCUUUAUCAACUGCAUAAUUUUGUUAAGCAAAAAAUAUAUACCUUUUUGUUUGUGAAGCAGCUGUGGAUAUCUGUUAGCCAUUGGGUUCAAUCAAUGCCUUUUAUUUUCCCCUCCAGAAGCAAAGUGGAAAGUUUGUUGAAUUAGUAUAUGAUAGUGGCUCACCCUAAUAUUUCUUUGCCUUGCAGUCUAGCAGCCAUAAGCAAAUGUGUGGGAAGCGAGUUCAGUCGUAUCUGGUGUUUGGUGAUAUGACAUAUUUUAUAUGCCCCCCCCAAGAUAAUAGGGAAUUGGCAAAUUGUUCUUCUUAAAAAGUGAUUGAACACGUCCAUGCAAAAGACUAGGAGCUAUUUGCCUGCCCAAAGCAAUGGUUCUCCUCAUAUAAUAGUAGCAGACAGCCGCAAGGAAUUUCCACGCUUGAUAACAGUGAAUGAUAUGUCAUCAAUUUGCUUAGAAUGAAAUGGUGGUUUAUUUGUUUGUUUAUUGGGCAAGUGGAACUGACUUCAUAAUGCUUAGAGCUAUGGUCUAUAGCACUUGCCAAUAUGACCAUUCAAUAUUUUCAACUUUUGGAAUUGAUGCUGCAUUUUUCUGACAACAUUCAUUUUUCACAGUUUUAUCCCCCACCCCAUCCCAAAAUUACUACAUAACUUCUGCACGCUGUAUUUCUGGAUUGACUUACUUCCUGGCUAAAAAUGCUGUUUACAAGCUGCAUCUCAAUGACCUGGUUCACAUGAUGGGUUAUCAUGAGUUAAUUAACCCACAAUUAGGGUUGUGGUGCGUCAUGCAAACCCAGCCAUCAUGGGUUGAGGAUUAAACAACCCAUACUGGGUAGUUGGCUUAAGUGUGGGUUGUUUAACCCUCGAGGGCCAAGUUCACACAAAAGGCUGCAAACCCCGAUUGAGGGUUGCAUAUUCAAAAUGGUGGCUGUGCAGGCCCCGGGGCUAAUCUUGAUAAGUGAACCUGCCCUAUUUCUAGGUUCUACAGGACAGUUCUUUAAAAAAUGAGAAAGGAAACCUUCAUCACGUUAGUAUAGCAAACAUGGAACCUUAAUCCCACCUUCAUUGUACAUUUAAGCAUUUAAGUUUCUAUUGAUCACAAUGUUAGUGGAUACUGCAGGACAGUAAUUUUGUUUUCCAUUGUGUUAGAGUGUCAUAUAGACUGCUACUUGUUUUAUGAAGACCCCAUUCCAUUUUUUUAGAAACAUCAAAUUCUAUUAUCGUUCUUAACCAAUAUAUAGCAUGAACAGUCUUAAUUCUAGGCUUUUGAUUUUAAACCCAUUGGCAGCCAUGAAACCAAAAUUGUAUGUGCUUUAUAGAGCAUGCAUAGAGCCAGAGCACAGUCAGCCCUAUAUACACACAUUGGCUUGACUGGUGGCUUCAAACUAUUAUUAUAUCUCCUAUUCAUUUUGACAGAUUGUAUAACUGCAUCUUCAAUAUGUGAAUCAUGCACUGAAAAAAAUGUUCCUGGCUGAGCAUCUAGUGGCUUAGAAUAAUUCUGUUUGUAUUGGUGCUUCCAUUCCAUUACGACAGUAAAGCUUGAGAAAUGUAUGUAGGGAAUCAGAAAAACCACUUACUGUGAAGGAAUUGUCCUGUAGUCUAUUCUUUCUGAUCAAGUAUUUAUAUAUUUUCCCAGGUUUUGUUUGUCUGUUUGUUUGUUUUUGCUCCCAUUGCUGAAAAGAAUAGUCACAAUAAUCUUCCCAAUUUUUCUCUGGCUGUAGAAACACCUGCCAAUGAUAACAUUUGCUAAUAUAUGUGAGCCAUGUGUUAUCAUAGCAAUGGCUGCCUUUGGACUGGGAUCAUGCUCAAACUGUUUGAUCGUUGUUUUCAAAGACAUCCAAGUGGGUUUUGCUUAAAGGACAAAGAAGGUGUUAUGUUAUGACUAUAAAUCACUUGAUGCACUGGGAAACCAACAUAGACUCAUAGAGAUGGUCAUAUGUCACCUAAACUCAAUAGAUCAGUGAGAUGUCUUACAUUCGAAAUGAACAUAGGAUGCCUGACAUGUAAAGGUAGUACAGAUAACUGCACAGUUCCUAUUGUUUAUUCCCCCACUAACACAAGUUUUUCAGCUGAGAUUUGUUCACAACUUUUCUUCUUGCUUUCUCAAUUAGACGGAGGUGGGCAACUUGUGGUCUACAACUCCCAUGACCCCUCACCAUUGGCUCUACUGGCUAGAGCUAAUGGGAGUUGUAGGUCAAAGAUCUGGAGGGCCGCAAAUUGCCCACCCCUGCAAUAGAAGUACUACAGCGGCCAUUUCUUCCAUUCAGUCAAUGCAUGGAUACGACUAAUACUUGGACUUGUGCCUGUUGUCCUUUCUCCUGACCUCUGCGUGUUCAGCUAAAGAUGCAAAUAUAGCCUGUGUCCACACAAACUGUGCAUGCUUGGACUUCCCUCCACAUGGUUGGGAGCGCUGCAAAAGGCAGGGUGCUGGACUGCUCAUCCACACAGGCUCUGUUCAGACCCUCAGCUGAACAGGUGAGAAGUCGGGGUUGGCAACAGAGGGUGCAGUCCUGGUCUACUGUAUAUAUUUGGGAUGUGUGCAAUGUCGAUGUGAAAAUGGCUAGAGGUUUCCGCUUUUCAAAAGAAGUCAAAGUCAGGAUGUUGUGGUUUAGAGGUCUAUGGAACUUGUGUAUUUCAUAUACAGGCCCAGAAUUCUCAACAUGUUCUCUCAGCAUUAAAUGUGCAGUUCUAUGCAUGUUUAGACAGGCAAGCAUCUGUCUAAAAACUGCUGGCUGGGGAAUCCUGGGAUUUGUAGGACUUUUUUUCUGUCUAAACACACAUAGGAUUUCACCCUUCAUGAUUGAAACGUCUAAGCUUCUGAGAAUAUAUUUAUCAUCUGACCCUAGAUAUGAUUAACAAUCUUAUGCCCACUUACCUGGGAGUAAGCUCAUUGAAUUAAAUGGGAUGUACAUCUGACUCCACUUCUAAAGGAUUGUGGUAUGUUUUCUAAAGCCUCACCCCCUCCGCCAGCCAAUAUAACAUCCAUGCAGUCUUUCCUUCAAGAGCCUGCUAGUACUAAACAGUCUGAGCUCCUUCUUUUCUUUAGGUUUUGCUAAAACCUUACUAAUCUGUUACUCCAAAAACAGCCCAGCAAAAUUAAUCCUCAAUAAAAACAGAAUUAUUGUGGUUUGAGGCAUCUUUCUUUUAAAAGGAAAAAAAAGAAACUAUCUUCUUUAUGUGAGUUGCAGGGUGACAGCAUUGCUGACAGAUCUUUUUUUAAAAAACAAAUUUCGAUCUAUUUGUGCAAUACUGGCUCGCAGGUGUGGUGAGCAGUUGCCCUUAAAUCUUAUUUAGUUAUUUAAGGUAGGUGUGUGUGUGUGUGUGUGUGUGUGUGUGUGUGUGGUUUUUUAAGAUUUUUAAACAAAAAGCAAGAGUCAAUGCAAGUUAUCUGUCAAAAACUCAGCGUGCUAAAGUGUGCAUAUACUAUAUAUCAACUGGGUCUUCUAUCUUGGAUGUGUAAUGCACACUGCAUUACUUAGGAUUCCUGUUGGUUUUGCUGUUGUAGAGACUGCUGCUGCUUGCACGCUGUGAUACAUUUGCACUGUUGUAGAUAUAUGUAAACAUCGUUUUGUUUUGUUUUUCCCCUCCUGGUGGCUUGUUUAUCUUUUUGUAGUUCAGACCAUAUAACUGAUUGAACUACAUGUACCUUGAUCUUAUAUACCUAAUGAAAAGAUUUAGGAUGUUGGGCAUUCUAACUCUGUCCUUUCAAUAAACUAACAUUAAAGGCUUUGUAUAUUUCUGUAUAGUUGAUUCCUGUAGGAUAUUUGUAUGUCUAUUCUUUUGCAAAUUAGAGCUCUUGUUUUCUGAAAACGGAGAACACUUAUGAUAAUGUAACAAAGAAAGACUAAAAUAAAGUAUUGCUAUUUUCUGAUUA